AUGGUCACCUUCGUGCUAUGGUCCGAUGCUAUCAUUAAUGAGGCUCUACACGACGAGGCAUCAUUGAGGAAGCCACAAAAUGUGCAGCAAGUGUCCGAAUACCAGCAGCUUACCGAAAAAUCGGCCGAAAAGUAUGCUCCAACGCUUGAAGAGCAGAACGACACACGACACCGCCAUCGACCAUCGUUCUUCAAAACGAUCCAGAUCGUGUUUGUCAAAUACAUCAGCGAGCCGCUCGGCACGGCCAAGCGCUUCCUCGUACUCGCUUGCAUUUUCCUACCAGUUCUCCUCACAGCGCCGAUGAUCUUUAUUGGCAGCAAAAGGGAUAGAGGUAAAAGGAGAGGCCGCAAAGUUGCCAGCAAGGAGGAGGGCGAGCGAUGGGGUGCCCUGUGGUGGUACAGAUAUUUGGUAGUGAGCUUGGAGGCUGCUGGUCCAACUUUCAUCAAGCUGGCUCAAUGGGCCGGCUCGCGACAAGACCUGUUCCCAAAGGAGCUCUGCGACAUGUUCGGCAAGCUGCAUUCCAAUGGAAAGCCCCACUCGCUCGCCUAUACCAAGGAUGUCAUCGAGAAAGUAUUCGGGGGACGGAAAUUCGAGGAUAUCUUUGACGAAUUCCAGGAAGAUCCCAUGGGUAUUGGGGCCGUCGCACAAGUCUACAAGGCGAAGCUCAAGCCGGACCUGCUACCGCCGUCUUUCUUAGAAGCCAAGCAUCCCAGCCCCAAGAAGCAAGGGGUUGGAAAAGCCCAGAAAGCAAUCACCACGACUCUGGCACUAAACUAUGAUGAGGACGAAGCACCGCCGAAGAUCCCUACCGGCGCAGUCGCCAUCAAGAUCCUCCAUCCUAAAGUUGAGCGCACGAUUGCGCGAGACAUCAAGAUCAUGUCCUUCUUUGCGCAUGCGCUCAAUCUCCUUCCAGGAGCAGAAUGGCUCUCCUUUCCCGAAGAGGUGAACGUGUUCGCAGGGAUGAUGUUCAGCCAGCUGGACCUGCGCAACGAGGCAGAGAACCUGCUGCGCUUCGAAGAGAAUUUCGGAAAGAGGCGCAGCGCGGUCAACUUCCCCAGGCCGCUGCCCCGUUUCUCGACGAAGGAGCUGCUCAUUGAGGAAUUCGAAGAUGCUCUGCCGCUAAAGUACUUCCUCAAUUUGGGCGGUGCUGGCUACGACCAUCGGAUCGCCAACCUCGGCUUGGACACCUUCUUGAACAUGCUCUUGGUGGACAACUUUACGCAUGCCGACUUGCACCCAGGGAACAUCAUGGUCAAGUUCUACCGCGCGACGACGGAGUCUCUGCUGAAGGAUCUAUCGGCGCGCAUCCUCGCACGCUUUGACAAUGACUAUGCACCCGGGGCAAAGAAAGGCCAAGUGCCUCUGGAUGAAUUGACAGACGAAUCGGUUCUGGAGCGACUGCGACCGCUGAAGGAUGACCAGGAUGCAUGGCUCGACGAGCUUACCCGUCUCGACGAGAUGGGGUAUCAGCCCGAGCUUGUCUUCCUCGACGCCGGUUUGACCGUCGAGCUGAGCCCAAUCAACCGGCGCAACUUCCUGGAGCUCUUUGGAGCUGUAGCCGAGUUCGACGGCGCGCUCGCUGGCAGGCUGAUGGUUGAGCGCUGCCGCAUGCCUGAUCUGGUCAUCGACGAGGAGACGUUUGCGCUGCGCAUGCAGGACGUCGUGCUGAGUGUCAAGAGCAAGACAUUCAGCCUGGCGCAGAUCAAGAUCAGCGAUGUGCUCAGCCAGGUGCUCGCGGCUGUGCGCAAGCACCACGUCAAGAUGGAGCCAGAUUUUGUCAACACGGUCAUCUCGAUCCUGCUGCUCGAGGGCAUCGGGCGCCAACUGGACCCGGACAUGGAUCUGUUCAAGUCUGCAUUGCCCAUCUUGCGCUCGCUCGGCCGCCAGCUGUCACACUCGCCGAGCAUGCUCGGCGGUGGUGGUACCGGCGAGGGUAAGAUGAGCUUGAAGGACGUCUUCCCGAUGCUCAAGGUUUGGCUCUACCUGGAGGCCAGGGCGUGGGUCGGUAGUCUGGCACAGAGGAACACUGUAGAGGCGUUUGUACGAUACGACUGGCUCUCGACCGGGGUCUGA